ACAGAAAUGAACAAUACGAUCACUGAAAUGAAAAAUACACUAGAAGGAAUCAAUAGCAGAAUAACUGAGGCAGAAGAAUGGAUAAGUGAACUGGAAGACUGAAUGGUGGAAUUCACUGCAGUGGAACAGAAUAAAGAAAAAAGAAUGGCUUUUCCACCCCCUCCCCCUCCCCCCGAGCGCCACUUCGGCUGCACCGCGCUCGCUCUGAGCUCCGGGCUCCUACUAAGCUAGUGCCACUGUUGUCUCCCUCCAGUCGCCAUCAUGAUCAUCUACCGGGACCUCAUCAGCCAUGAUGAGAUGUUCUCUGACAUGUACAAGAUCCGGGAGGUUGCGGACAGGCUGUGUCUGGAGGUGGAGGGGAAGAUGGUCAGUAGGAGAGAGGGUAACAUUGAUGACUCGCUCAUUGGUGGAAAUGCCUCCUCUGAAGGCCCUGAGGGCAAAGGUACCGAAGGCACAGUAAUCACUGGUGUGGAUAUUGUCAUGAACAAUCACUUGCAAGAAACCAGCUUCACAAAAGAAGCCUACAAGAAGUACAUCAAGGAUUACAUGAGGUCAAUCAAAGGGAAGCUUGAAGAACAGAGACCAGAAAGAGUAAAACCUUUUAUGACAGGGACUGCAGAACAAAUCAAGCACAUCCUUGCUAAUUUCAAAAACUAUCAGCUCUUUAUUGGUGAAAACAUGAAUCCAGAUGGCAUGGUUGCUCUCCUGGACUACUGUGAGGAUGGUGUGACUCCAAAUAUGAUUUUCUUUAAGGAUGGUCUAGAAAUGGAAAAAUGUUAACAAAUUUGGCUGUUUGGAUCUAUCACCUGCUCAUCAUAACUGGCUGGCUGCUGCUUUUCAUCCACAUAAAACCAGGACUUAGACAAAUGGGACUGAUGUCACCUUGAGCUCUUCAUUUUGAUGUUGAUUUGUUUGGAGUGGAGGCAUUGUUUUUGAGGAAAAUAAAAAAACAUGUCAUGUAGGUUGUCUAAAAAUAAAAUCAUUUAAACUCCAAAAAAAAAGAAAAAGGAAUGAAAAGAAAUGAAGACAGCCUAAGAGACUUUGGGGACAAUAUUAAACACAACAACAUUCGCAUUAUAAGGGUCCCAGAAGGAGAAGAGAGAAAGGACCCGAGAAAAUAUUUGAAUAGAUUAUAGUUGAAAACUUCCCUAACGUGGGAAAGGAAAUAGCCACCCAAGUCCAGGAAUCACAGAGAGUCCCAGUCAGGAUAAACCCAAGAAGAAACACGCCAAGACACAUAGUAAUCAAACUGACAAAAAUUAAAGACAAAGAAAAAUUAUUGAAAGCAACAAGGGAAAAAUGACAAAUAACAUACAAGGGAACUCCCAUAAGGUUAACAGCUGAUUUCUCAGCAGAAACUCUACAAGCCAGAAGGGACUGGCACAAUAUAUUUAAAGUGAUGAAAGGGAAGAACCUACAACCAAGAUUACUCUACCUGGCAAGGAUCUCAUUCAGAUUUGAUGGAGAAAUCAAAAGCUUUACAGACAACGCGGGUAAGUGGGGGGGUGGUGUGGUGUGAUGAAUUGGGCGAUUGCGAUUGACAGGUAUACACUGAUGUGUAUAAAAUUGAUGACUAAUAAGAACCUGCUGUAUA